AUGUCUACCAAAAUCGGCAAAACAUUCACAUCCUUUCGAAAACUCCCACUCGAGCUCCGUCUUGCAAUCUGGGAAUUGGCAAGGCCAGCCGGUCGAAUCAUCGAACUUAAUCUACUCGAAAGAUCUACCAUCAAAGAAGAAUGGAAUGUGACUCAAUUUCCCCAAGCUCCUCAUCAGUCUGACGACGUAGAGAACGGCGACGAAAAUCCGAUCACAUACAACAGAUUAUGGGGCUUUAAAUCCAACACUUCGAUCCCAGCACUCCUACUCGCAUGCCGUGAAUCGCAUGAAGUCGCAUCGAAAUGGUAUCCACGAGUAUUCCAAUGCUAUGCUGACAACCCGCAAACAUUGCGAGUCCCUACCGCCAUGCAAGGACCAGGUUCAGUCUCACUCCCACAGACAUACUUUAAUUUCGAGGAAGAUACACUCUUCAUCACGCCGGAGACAUUUCGUCCCAGAUACAAUGCUGAAAAUGACGAAAUAUCCCGACGCCUCGAUAAUCUCGCGGGCGCCCCUUUAUCAAUCACGACAGGAGUUUCCCGGCUGGUGCAUGAUCCCGAUUUCUUGAGAAUCGAGAACCUGGCUAUCAAAUUGACUUCCGACGAAUGGACUUUGUACUGGGACGCUCAUGCGGAGUGGUUGGCCCAAUGUCUGGAGCGUGGAUUUCGCAACCUCAAGACGCUUACCAUUGUGGUAGAUCAACAUAUUCCAUCUCCUUAUUGGAGAGAAACACAGGGCGUAAAGAUGUCGAAAGAAGAUAGAGCAAAUCUUGUCUACAUGGAUAAAUUAAUCGAUGUCCAAGAUGCGUGCCGAUUCUAUCACCCUGAUCGCCCGAUUCUUGAGCAGGAAAAAACGAAGUGGACAAAACCAAAACCCAACGCCUCGUAUUUCACACAAAAACAUAUCAGAAAAUUGACACAACAUAUGAUGGAUAUUAUCAGAGUCGAAGAUCUUAAAGCUGGGAAAUUGAUGUGGGAUUUGCCAGAGAUACAAUUCAAGAUUGUGCUUCCCGCGAAGAUUCAAAAGAAUCUACAGCGGAACAAGCGGCUAUACAAAAAGGAGUUUGCGGGUUGGAACAGAGAAGCUACUUCCGAGUCGGAAGAAUAG